AUGGUCAAAGUAGCUAUUGCCGGCGGUUCCGGACAGGUCGCGAGAGAAGUCAUCGACGCCCUAGUAGCGGCCAACAAACAUGAGAUCACCAUCCUGAGCAGGAAGGCCCAACCCAUUAGCAAUACCACCGCACCCGGAAUCAAGUGGCAAGUCGUAGACUACAACGACAAGCCAGCCCUGACCGAAGCCCUUCGUGGCACACACACACUCCUGUCGUUCGUCCAGCUGCUCUCGGACCCGGGCGAGAAGUCGCAGCGGAACCUGAUCGACGCCGCCAUCGGCGCGGGCGUGAAACGCUUCGCGCCGAGCGAGUAUGGAAGCAAGAGUACGAUUGACAUGCCCUGGACGUACGGAAAAGGAAGAAUCGUGGAAUACCUGAAGGAAGUCAACGCCAAGUCCAACGUCCUAGAAUACACCCUCUUCCAACCCGGUCUCUUCCUCGACUAUCUAGCCUUCCCACACCAAACAUCCGCGCACCUCACCCCCUUACAGACCAUCUUCGACUUCGCCAAUCGCCGCGCGCUGGUCGUCGCCAACCAUGCGGACGACGCCGUCAUGACCCUGACCUCGGUGAAGGACCUCGCGGCCAUCAUCGCGCGCGCCGUCGACUACGACUGUGGCCGGUGGCCCGCGACGGGCGGGGUCCGAGGGAAUAGACUUAAUUUUGCGCAGGUUAUUGCGAUGGGGGAGAGGGUUCGAGGACGCCCAUUCAAAAUCGAGAAGGUGAAAGUCGAAGAUCUCGAAGCCGGCGAGCUGAACACGUCGUGGGGCCUGGAAGCCGUCCACCACGCCGUGUCUGACGAGGAGGCAUCGGCUCUGCUCAAGGCGGUGUGCGUCGGCGUCCUCCUGAGCAGCACCAAGGGGGCGUGGGAUUCGUCGGACGAGAUGAAUCGGCUCUUCCCCGACUACGAGUUCGCUUCGGCUGAGAGCUUUCUCGCCAAGGUCUGGGAGGGGAAGGAGUAG